CUCACUUCCUUUUUCUUCCGUUCAUACCCAAUUCCAAAAAAUUUAAUCUUUCAUGGAAAUUAGUUCGUUCCCAUUUCUUAAUCAGGACGAUUUGUUGCCCAUCUUCAACCUCUUCUCUGAAAUGGACGACAAUUUCAGUGUGAAUCACAGCCCCAAAAAGCGGCGCCGACAAGACAACGACGACGACGACGACCAGACUCAAUUCAACAAGACUUCUUUCGACGACGACGAGUUAUUAAAGCUCCCCUUCUGGUUCGACGAUGACAAACAACAACACUGGAUUAUGGAACAAAAGCCUGAAUUCCAGGUUUCCGAUGAGAAUUUGACUCAAUUCGUACCUAAAAAGCCCCGCCGUGCAACGCCGGAAAAUACCCAUUCGUCUCCGGUGAAGGGUGGUGCUGGAACACAGCACCGGCGACUAUGGGUCAAGGAUAGAUCCAAGGAUUGGUGGGAUCAAUGCAAUCACCCGGAUUUCCCUGAUGAGGAAUUCCGGCGGGCUUUUAGAAUGAGUAAAGCGACAUUCGAUAUGAUCUGUAAGGAAUUGGACUCGACGGUGAUGAAAAAAGACACAAUGCUUCGUGUCGCGAUUCCUGUCCGGCAGCGGGUUGCGGUAUGUAUAUGGCGGUUGGCUACCGGCGAGCCGCUCCGGUUAGUGUCGAAACGGUUUGGGCUUGGAAUCUCGACCUGUCAUAAAUUGGUUCUUGAGGUUUGUUCUGCAAUUCGGAAAGUUCUAAUGCCGAAAUUCCUGCAAUGGCCGGAGGAUUCGAAAUUAGCGAAAAUCAAGCAAGAAUUCGAGUCGAUUUCAGGAAUUCCCAAGGUCGGUGGCUCAAUUUACACGACCCAUAUCCCAAUAAUCGCACCCAAGAACAACGUCGCCGCUUAUUUCAACAAACGCCACACGGAACGCAACCAAAAAACAUCAUAUUCCAUCACCGUGCAAGGCGUUGUCGAUCCCGCCGGCGUGUUCACCGACGUAUGUAUUGGGUGGCCGGGAUCCAUGCCGGACGAUCAAGUUCUUGAAAAAUCCGCCCUUUUCGAAAGGGCAAACAUGGGUCUUUUAAAGGAUGUCAGCAUCGUCGGAAAUUCAGGGUACCCAUUAACGGAUUGGCUUUUGGUGCCGUAUUCAGCGCAGAAUUUGACAUGGACGCAACACGCUUUCAACGAGAAGGUAUCGGAGAUUCAGGGAGCGGCGAAGGCGGCGUUCGGGCGGCUGAAGGGGCGGUGGACUUGCCUGCAGAAGAGGACAGAGGUGAAGCUGCAGGAGCUGCCGGUGGUGCUCGGAGCUUGCUGUGUUCUUCAUAAUAUUUGCGAGAUGAGGAAAGAAAGGUUCGAUCCAGAGCUGAAAUUUGAGUUUUUUGAUGAUGAAAUGGUGCCGGAGAACAAUGGGGUUAGAUCUGCGAGCGCCAUUCAAGCUAGAGAUCAUAUUGCUCAUAAUCUUCUGCACCAUGGGCUCGCUGGGACUGGGUUUCUUUAGGGAGUUCUAGUUCAUCCUCGUACACUGAAGCUCUGUUUUUUAUAAGCUUUUACAUUGUUUUUUGGCUAUAGAUUGGCAUAGUCAUGUUUAAAAUAAGUGACUUUGAAUGUAUACUUGUAAUUUUUUAUAACCCUACUCUGUUUUCUUAUCCAUCGACACAAUGCACCGGGCUCAUCUCAAAGCCAAAUUUGAGUUA